AUGUGGAAAGUAAUUUUACUCUACCUCGUGACGACUGCAUUCGCUUCAUCGUACAAGAUUUCUACGAAAAAAUCCGGAUCGUGGUGGAAUAAUAUCGUUCUCUAUCAAAUUUUCCCGCGUAGUUUUAAAGACAGCAAUGGUGAUGGAAUCGGUGACUUAAAUGGUAUAACCAGCAAACUCCAGUAUAUCAAAGAAUUUGCCGAUGCAAUUUGGCUUUCCCCGAUAUAUCCAAGUCCUCAGAACGAUUUUGGUUACGACAUAUCCGAUUUCAUGGAUGUACAUUAUGAGUAUGGUACUUUGAAAGAUUUCGAUGAGCUUGUGUUGAAAGCCAAAUCAUUGGAUUUGAAAGUUUUACUUGACUUUGUACCAAAUCAUAGUUCUGAUCAACACGAGUGGUUUAAAAAGAGUAUUAAACGUAUUAACCCUUACACCAAAUAUUACGUAUGGCAAGAUGGUAAAAAAUUACCUAAUGGUACUAGAGUACCACCCAACAACUGGUUAUCGAUGUUUGGUGGUUCAGCGUGGGAAUGGAACGAGGAGCGAGGUCAGUACUAUUACCACCAAUUUUUGAAAUCUCAACCAGAUUUGAACUACAACAAUCCCAAGCUUCAAAUAGAAAUGGAAAAAGUCAUAAACUUUUGGCUAAAAAGGGGAGUUGAUGGAUUUCGUGUUGAUGCGGUUUCUCACCUCUACGAAGAUCCUUUACUGAAAGAUGAACCAAGAUCUAAAGAAUCUGUACCACCUGAUGAUUACCUAUAUCUUGUUCAUAACCAUACCAGAGAUUUGGAUGAAACUUAUAGCAUUGUAAACACAUGGAAAGAAUUAAUGGACGAGUACUCGAAGUAUCAUGACAGGAUUGAAAAGCUUGGAUUUAUGGAAGUCGGCGGAAACGAUUUUUCUAAAACUAUGAAAUUCUACUCAGUUGGAGUUGACCCUAUGAAUUUUGCGUUUAUUACAGAUUUGAAAAACGAUUCAACAGUUGCCGAUUUUAAAAAGAUCAUCGACAGAUGGAUGAGCUCAAUGCCUUUGAAUAAAAUCGCUAACUGGAUCGUAGGUAACCAUGAUGUUGCGAGAGUUGCAUCAAGGUUUGGUUCUAAUGGCAAUAGACCUGAUCAAUUUUCAAUGCUAUCUGCUAUUUUACCUGGGAUGACAGUUUUGUACAAUGGAGACGAAAUAGGCAUGAUCAAUAGUGUCUUUACUUACGAGGAGACAAUCGAUCCAGCUGGUUGUAAUGCUGGACCUGACAGAUAUCAACUGAAAUCAAGAGAUCCUCAAAGAACUCCAUAUCAAUGGGAUGAUUCGGUUAGUGCAGGUUUUUCUACAAAUUCGAAAACCUGGCUCCCGGUCAAUGACAAUUAUAAAACAUUGAAUUUGGCUCAGCAGAAAAAGUUACAAGUGUCACAUUAUAAGAUCGUAAAGGCCUUAUCAGAUUUGAAGAGAAAAUCUCCAGUUUUGAUAAAAGGAGAUACUCGAGUGUAUAAUGUGCUCGAUAAGGUAUUAGUUGUGGUUCGCAGAUUAUCAAAUUAUGAUCCCAUUGUCAUCUUGAUCAAUUUCACCGAUGAAGAUUUGGAAAUAGAUGGAACAUUAUCUAUAGGUAAUCAUUCCAAGAAAAUGUUAGUUUACGUGGCGAGUAUGAACUCUGACUUGGAAAGUGGUCAAGUUGUACAAAUGAAGAAAAUAUAUGUUCCUAAAGCAUCAACGGUCGUUUUAACUUCCACCAGAGAUAUGUUUUCAUAA